AUGACGCGACAUGGGGAUGUUGCCGUGCCGUCCUUCUUCAACACCACAAGUCGUACAGCUAGCGGACCACCUUUGGCGCCCGCGACAUCCCCUGUAGCCAGGCCAAUCAUGCCCUUUGGAUGGUUCCUCAAAAUUGGUGCUACCCCCGAGGCCGUUGCCGUCUUGAACGAUCAAACAUUUCUCUUCCCUCAGCUCCUUGCCGUUCUGGUUAUCAUCUCUCUGCAAAUCACUUGCCAUUGGUACAUCCACUACGCCACUCUGAAGCCCGAGCAAAAGAAGAAGAAAGAAAAGAAGGGCGCCGCCAAACCACCAGCUGCGAGAUAG